GACCUUACACUAUCCUUCAAAUAACGGUUACCUCGUGCUCCCGCCAAAAUCUAACGAACUCGUCUGUGUUCUUUCUUAACCUGGCCUGCGGGAAUAUUUAGAAAUGAGCGGAACUUGCAGGGAGAUUGAGCGCAAGAUCUUGCGCCUACUCCAUGGCCAUGAUACCAGAACCCAACUCCGCCAAAUCCACGCCCAUUUCCUUCGCCAUGGCCUUCACCAGUUGAACCAUAUCCUUGCUCAUUUUGUUUCUGUUUGUGGAUCUCAAAACAAAAUGGCCUAUGCACAUCGCAUCUUCUCCCAAUCCCAACAACCCAAUAUAUUACUCUUUAAUUCCAUGAUCAAAGGGUACUCUCUAUGUGGACCCUUUGAAGAGUCUUUCAAUUUGUUUUCCUCAAUGACAAAUCGAGGCAUUUGGCCUGAUGAGUACACUUUUGCGCCUCUGCUCAAGGCUUGUUCGAAUCUUGGCGACCUUAAACUUGGCCGAUGUGUUCAUAAGGACGUUAUAGCUGUUGGGUUUCAUUGUUUUAGCUCGAUAGGAAUUGGGGUUGUUGAGCUGUAUACAACUUGUGGGAUAAUGGAGGAUGCUGAGAAAGUGUUUGAUGAAAUGUGUGACAUGGAUGUCGUUGUCUGGAAUUUAAUGAUUCGUGGGUAUUGUAAGAGAGGAGAUUUUGAUACGGGUCUUCAUUUAUUUAGGCGGAUGAGUGAACGGAGUGUUGUAUCUUGGAAUACCAUAAUUUCUAGCUUGGCACACAGUGGGCGGGAUAGUGAAGCUUUGGAGCUUUUUCAUGAAAUGCAGGAUCAAGGUUUCAAGCCAGACGAGGCAACUUUGGUCAUAGUUUUGCCUGUCUGUGCUCGUUUGGGAGCUGUUGAAGUGGGGCAGUGGAUUCAAUCUUAUGCCGAGUCCAGCGGAUUUUAUCGACAUUCUGUAUCUGUGGGCAAUGCAUUGGUGGAUUUUUACAGUAAAUGUGGCCUUUUGGAGACUGCUAAAAAUGUAUUUAAUGAGAUGCCUGAAAAGAAUGUGAUUUCUUGGAACGUGAUGAUCUCAGCUAUGGCUUUUAAUGGGAAAGGUCAACCUGGGGUAGACUUGUUUGAGGAGAUGACAAACAAAGGCAUCGCCCCCAAUGAUGCGACCUUUGUAGGGGUUUUAUCAUGUUGUGCUCAUGCAGGGUUAGUAGAAAGGGGGAGGACCUUGUUUGCUUCAAUGACUGAAAAUCACCAAAUUGUUCCGAAACUUGACCACUAUGGGUGCCUGGUUGAUCUUCUUGGGCGUAGUGGGUGUGUAAGGGAGGCUUAUGGUUUGAUUAGAAGCAUGCCUGAGAAGCCAAAUGCUUCUUUAUGGGGUUCUCUACUCGGUGCUUGCCGUACUCAUGGUGAAGUGGAGCUAGCGCAACUUGCAGUUGAAGAACUUAUAAAUCUUGAACCAUGGAAUUCUGGUAAUUAUGUGUUGUUAUCAAAUAUAUAUGCUGAAGAAGAGAGAUGGGACAAAGUUGAGGAGGUAAGAACAAUGAUGAAGGAGAGAAGCGUCGAGAAAGCUCCAGGACAAAGCUCAGUUGGAUAGUUUGUGAUGAUGAAUUGAUUGAAUCUGAAUUUCAAGAGCAAAUUAUCCUCAUCUUAAGUCUGCAAGUGUGAAAUACAAUUCUCAGCAAAGCAGGGUUUAGCAUUCUGAUCCCUAUAUUAAAAGGUCACAUAUUUGUGUUUGACACUUUAAUCUAAUUCUUUAAAUCUUAGUAUAAUAGUUGAAAUUUUCAACAUGGGUUAUAAUUUUAUCCAAUCCUGAAAUCAAUUCCGAAGAGGUGUGUC